AUGGAGAGCGUUUUAAAUUCCUCCCCGGCCGGGAGGCUGCGGCAGCUGGUGCCUAGAGACGCUGGUUCCCAACCGGCUGAGCGGGGCCCGGGCUGCGCGCUCCAAUGUUGCCUUUUUAGGCCUGUGCGCUGCAGGACGCCGCCGGGACUGGGGCUGAGGCCGCCGCCAGAGGAACCAUCCCCCAGCCCGGGCGCUGGCACGUCCCCCCGCCCUUGCAGCGGCUGCGUCUCCCGGCGUGCGCUCCCCGCCCAACCCGGCAGCGGGCACGGAAGGAGCCGGAGGUGGAGCCCGGGGCCGGAGCGGGCCAUGUCCCGCGCGGAGCCGCCGGCGGGGGAGGCUGGGGCGGGCGGGGAGGAGGUGGUGCGGAUCCGGCUGGGGGACAGGUGCUACCCGGUCUGCAAGAGGAAGCUGAUCGAGCAGAGCGACUAUUUCCGCGCCCUGUUCCGCUCGGGCAUGCGGGAGGCUGGGCAGGGGCAGGAGGAGCAGCAGCUGCGCGGGGGGCUCAGCGCCCUGGGGCUGGAGUUGGUGCUGGACUUCAUCAACACCUCGUGCCUGGCCCGGCUGGAGCAGGAGGAGGGCGGGGAGCAGGAGCCCCCUCUGCUGGAGGAGCUGAUCGAGGCCGCCUCCUACCUGCAGGUCACCCCCCUGCUGCGCCUGCUCCUCUCCCAGGUGAGGCUGGGCAACUGCCUGGAGCUGCACCGCCUAGCCCAGGUCUAUGGCCUCCAGGACCUGCAGGACGCCUGCCUGGACUUCAUGGCUGCCCAUUACCAUCAGGUGCUGCGGAGACCUGAGGCCCGUCCCCACCUCCUCCUGCCCAGCGCCCUCCGGCAGCAGCUGAUGGAGAGGCGGAUGAAGGGCACCGCCACCCUCCUGGCUAUUGGAGACUUCAUGGGUGCUUCCUCUCUGGGCCUGGCCCCGCGCCGCCACCUGCAGGAGGAAGCCCCUUGGUCCAUGCUGAGGUACGAUGAGGUGGCCCAGAGGUGGCUGCCCUUGGCCAACAACCUGCCCCUGGAUCUCAUGAAUGUCAGAGGCUACGGGUCGGCGAUGCUGGACAACUACCUGUUUGUCAUCGGGGGCUAUAGGAUCACCAGUCAAGAGAUAUCGGCUGCCCACUGUUAUAACCCCUCCAUAAAUGAAUGGAGUCAGAUGGCGUCAAUGAACCAAAAGAGGUCCAAUUUUAAGCUUUUGGCUGUAAACGGAAAGCUCUAUGCCAUUGGCGGUCAAUCCCUUUCCAAUGUGGAGUGUUACAGCCCAGAGCACGACUGGUGGAAUUUUGUGGCAUCUAUGCCAAACCCUCUUGCAGAAUUUUCAGCUUGUGAAUGCAAGGGCAAAAUUUAUGUUGUUGGGGGAUAUACUACAAGAGACAGGAAUAUGAACAUCUUGCAGUACUGUCCCAUCUCUGACUGCUGGACCAACUUUCAGUUGUGUGAUGUCCACAUUCGCAAACAGCAGAUGCUCUCUGUCGAGGAAACCAUCUACCUGGUAGGGGGUUGUAUUCAUGAACUGGGACCUAACCAAAAAUCCAGCCAAAGUGAGGACAUGUUAACAGUGCAGUCUUACAACACUGCUACCAGAGAAUGGCUCUACCUCAAGGAGAACACGUCCAAAUCAGGUCUCAACUUGACUUGUACUCUCCAUAAUGAUGGGAUCUAUAUAAUGAGCAGAGAUAUUACGCCAUCUACAAGCUUGGAACACCGGAUUUUUCUUAAGUAUAAUAUAUUUUCAGACAGUUGGGAGUCACUUAGACGCUUUCCGGCCUUUGGACAAAACAUGUUGGUCUGCUCUGUAUAUUUGCCUAAUAUGAUAGAAGUGUAAUUACACCAUUUUUUUCCUUUCACUUCAUCAGUCAUUUUUGGAAGAAAUAAAUUAUUUUCAUUUUUGAAUGGGACAUGGUCACAUAGCCUAUGCAUAAAAUAUUGGUUCUGUUUAAAAAAAAAAAAAGUUGCAAAACUCAAUAGAGAUGUUUCCAGGAUUUUUGAAAAUUUCAAUUAAACUUACUUUUUGUUGUUGUCUGCAGUUUAAAUGAUGCCAAGCCAUGUGUGCAAUCCAGAUACAACAGCACUGUGCUGGUAUCUCCCUACAGUUUCUUAUGAAACAUCCAUGUAGGCACUGGGCACAUUUGCACAAAGAUUUAAAAGAGCUUCCCUAGGUAUUGGAUGUUCUUUUAAUGUAAGUUAGUGACAGGCAAUGAACUACUCCCUACAUUUAAAAAAAAAGCACAGGUCAGGGGGCACUAAACUCAAAAUGGGGAACGUCUGCUCAGCUGGAGAAAUGAUUUUUAAAUUUAUUUUUUAUUUAUUCAGUAAGCUUCUCCAAAUACUCAGCCAUUAAGAUCCAAUUGUAGAAACAAGGGAACAAAUUGUGGGGGCAGGUUACAUGGCAGUAGAAUGCAUAUGAGCCCCAGAAGGCUAAGCAGGCUAGCUCCAUCUUGGGGUUGGUCAGCCCCAUGUACAAAAGGAGUGUGGGGCAGCUCAGAGGUGUGGUGAGGAGAGGUGAGCUCAUGUAACUGAACUGUCACCUGAGCAGCUCUAUGUGAAUCCUUGUCCUUUACCUUCCCACCAGAUGGUGUUAUAUGGGUUACUCUAGCCUGUGGUCUAUGGAAAUCCCUUUUCUGCCCCAUAGGGAAGGGGCAGGCAGAGAUGAGACCUAGACCUCUGACUUUUCAUAGGUGCUAAUUUGGGGGAUUUGGGAAGAGUCACUUUUGGGGAAGAGGGUUCCUGUCCUCUCCUUACAGCCCCUCUCAAAUUGCCUGGGGGGAUCUUUAGUCUAAUUUGAUCCUCUUCUCUCGCUAGUUGCCAGUUCUGAAGAGCCUGUUCACUCUAUCUGCUUGGGUGGCAUUCACAACUCCUCCCCUGGCAAAGGGGAGAGAUAGGACAGUCAUGAAAGUCUUACAUCUGCAGAGCCCAUGCCACAGCUUUCUCACAUAGCACAGAUGCUGCUGAUUCCAGGACUGGGCCACUUAUCCUUGCGUGUUCAAUGAUAGGGGAAGAUGGAGAAUUCAAGCUUAUCCCUUGCAGUGGUUCAGUCAACGUAGAAGCCUCUUUUUUGGCUGGAGAGAAUAUGUGCCUGCUGGUUUUGUGCCCACAAAAUGAACUGCCGGUGCAAGUUUGACUACAGCAAUCAGGAGGCCUCAGCACUCAGGUUCGUGCCUACUGUCCAACUAGGCGCACAAACAUGUGAGUGGCCAUGGUUUUGAAAAUGUGACACACAAGGAGCAGCUGCCUCAGUUAUACCAGCACAAGCAGGCUAAGGGUACAUCUACACUACCGGGGGGAGUCGAUUUAAGAUACGCAAAUUCAGCUACGUGAAUAGCGUAGCUGAAUUCGACGUAUCGCAGCCGACUUACCCCGUUGUGAGGACGGCGGCAAAAUCGACUUCUGCGGCUUUCUGUCGGCGGCGCUUACUACCACCUCCGCUGGUGGAGUAAGAGCGCUGAUUCGGGGAUCGAUUGUCGCGUCCCAACGGGACGCGAUAAAUCGAUCCCCGAGAGGUCGAUUUCUACCCGCCGAUUCAGGCGGGUAGUAUAGACCUAGCCUAAGCAAUCCCAUUUACUCCAGUGUAGAAAUAAGGUGACUGGAAUGGAAUAGUUGAAUAAAAUCCCUGUUUUAUAUUUUCAAAAUACGUCGUUUCAGUGUCUUAGGAUAGAUGUGAGCAGGAGGCCAUUACCCCACGACAGCUUUCCCUUACACACAUUAUUUGAUGAUUUGUUUUCCUUCAGUUCUCUACAGUACUAGAUUUUUUUUUUCUAGCAUCUCCCCAGGGCACCCCAGAUCACAAUCAGAACAAUAUACAUUGGAGAUCUCUUCACAGCGGAGUCAGUCAGUCUGCAUUCUGUGGCUUAGUGACUUAUGUGCUGAAUUGUUUGUGAAGAGCUAUCGCUUCCAGAUUCACCCCCUGCCUAGAAUAAUAUCUCCGAAUGACAACUUUCAAAUCUGGUGUCUAUUAAUCCAAUGACUUCAACCCAAGCUGGGGUUUUAAGAGCUUUGUUUUGUUUCUUGGGAGUGAUUGUUCCUUUCAUGGUGGCCUCCUACUAUAUUAGGUUAAUGUACAGUCAACUUUAUCAUUCUCUUAUACGAAAUGAAGAAAAUCUUUCUCUGCAGGUCCUACUUUCUGCGCUCUAUGAUCAGAUGACUAUUUUUAAGGUCCGAUGAGCCAGCAGCGGUGAGUUAGAUGGGAGUGGUAGCUGAGACAGUAGAUGACACACAUUUUGGGGAGUAUUCGGACAUUGGCAUCUCUACUUCAAAUACAUCCGAAUUGGCACAGGCUUUAAUGCAGUGGUGGGCAGCCUGGGGCCCAUCAAGGUAAUCUGAUUGCGGGGCGUGAGGCAUUUUGCUGACGUUGACCGUCCGCAGGCACCGCCCCCCGCAGCUCCCAGUUCUCGUCAAAUGAAACGUCUGGGCAGUGCUGUGAUAAUGCUGUGGGACCGUAUUGAACCAGGCUGAAAUAACCAUUGCACAAACCAUUUUUUCUUUUGGGGAGGAACUCGUGGUGUGUGGCCCUCCACACCUCAGAGAAGAAAUCCUAAUGACUGUCCCAUUCCAUUCUCCUUUUCUUUCCAUUGCUUUAAUAUUCCACAUACGGUAUCGUUUAGCAGCUACUGCCCUUCUAGGCAAGGUAGACUGGCAGAGGGGCUCUUUUCAUAGCUCAUCAACAAACUGCUUCUCAGUCAGCCAAUGGAACUGUUGUUGAGGGAUGCAAGACAAUCUGUUACCUCCUUUGGUGGGUAAAACAGUCUUAAUGUAAGGGACAAUUAAACUUCCAUUGAAUGGCAGCUAUAUAAAUCUACUAAAAUGAGAGGCCGUGUGGUCUACUUAAUUGAGCGCAGGACUGGGAAUUCCUGAGUCUUAAUCCCAGCUCUGCCCCAUAGUUAUUGUGUGGGCUUGGACUGGUCACUUAGCUCCUUUGUGUCUGUUUUCCCCAAUUGCAGACUAUGGAUAGUAAUAUCUACCCCACUGAUGUGUUGAAGUUUAAUUGAUUAAACACUUUGAACAUGUAAAGAACUACAUACAUGCUUAGUAUUGUUAUUAUUUAUUUCAUUAUUGAAACUGUCUUGUGGGAGGUGUUAGGACAGAAAGCAGCUAGGAAUCCCACCUUGCUCUAGAUUAGUUAUCUUCAGAAGUGUUUACAAUCUUCUCUGUAUCUCUUAACAGAUUUGUCUUUUCAUUUGUCAAUUUUUUUUUGUUUACAUAGUGGUUCUUUUUCUUUUCUUCACAUAAUCAGCUAUAGCUUACCUCAGUUCCCCUGUCCCCACCUGCCUUUUGUGUUUUAGCCAUCCAUCCUCAGUACCUCUUCUUGCCCUUCAUGUCUAGGUUAUUCAGGGUUGUGUACCCAGGCAUCAAGCUUUCAUAUUCCCUCAUCGCCACUGUCCUUGCUUCAUGGGCCAGUUCUACUAGACAGUAAAAACUGGAAAGAGUAAAAACUGACUAUACAACAGAGGACAAUUCUAAGGGCUUGUAAAGAUCACUGAGACGAAGGCAAAGAGAGAUCAUCAGACCUGUAGUUUCUGCCUUUCCAGGUAUGGCCUGUGGUUUCAGUAUGAAAUAAGAUUUGGAUGAUAUUUAAGCUUGUUUUCCACAUAAUCUCCCUGGCCAAUUUCCAUAGCUUUCCGUCCCUGCCCUGCUAGUUGACCUUCCAUGUCUGUAUUUUCCCUUCUUUGAAGUUUUUGCCUUGCUACAUCCAUUGUCCAGCCUGUUUUGCUAAAAUUACAUGAUACCAGUUUAUCAGCCUUUAGAACUUGGCCAUCUGCCUUUCACACUGUGCUGUUCUUACCAAUAACCAGGAUGAAACAAUGGAGCAAUCAAUAUGUAGCCCCCGUAGAG